CUUCACUUGAUACUUUUACGUCCUUUCAAGCACCAUGCUCGUAUCCAUCACCUGAGCGACCGAUUUUACCGCCAAAAACGCGUACGAUAAGAACAUGCGUUUUCGGACUACUAUUGACAAUGUUCCAACUUUCUUCCGUAUCAUACAAUCCAUCGAGAAGCUCCAAAAGAAAUGCAUCAUAAAGUUCACGGAAACGAACAUGCAUCUCAUCUGCAAUAGCGACACGAAUGAAGGCGGUAUACAGGUCUGGUCACAAAUCAAGGUCGAAUCAAUAUUCAGCGGCUACCGCAUCCAGUCUAACGCGUCAAACGAGAUUACUGUAGCUUUAUUCUCCGAGGCUCUCCUUGCUGCCCUCAGGUCUGCAUCAUCAUCUACCACUGGUGCCUUGUCUUCGUUCGAGGCCGAAGAGGUCGUCAUGAAGCUCGCAAAGAAGAGUGAUCAGGCCGUACUCAGCUUUGAGAUUACGGGAAUGACCAGAGUAGGCCGACGGGUAAAGGUCACCCACGAUGUCAAGAUUGAAGUGAUGAAGCCGAGCGACGUCGAGAGAUUAAAUGAGCCAAUGUGUCCUGAGCCAGACACACACAUCCUCCUCCCGCCCUUACAGAAGCUGCGAACGAUUGUUGAUCGCCUCCGGCCAAUGUCUAAUGUUCUUGGAGUGCGCGCAAACAACAACGGAUGCCUCCAGUUUUCUAUACAUACUGAAAGCGUCAAGGUUGACACUGAGUGGAAAGGAUGUACGAACCCAAAAAUGGCGCGGGAGAACGCAUCUCAGCAAGAGGAUCCUCCUUCGGAUCCUGAUGAAAUGUUCAGUGUCCUCGUUUCUAUUCGUAGUUUUAUCAAAUUUCUGCACAGUCAUGUCGUCUCAACUACCACCAUCGCUUGUAUUUGUCAAAAUCACUGUAUGAUACUCUAUGUGUAUAUUGGAGAUGUGGCAGAUGCGGGAGGGGUGCUGACGUUCUACAUACCUGCCAUGCUGGACGAUGACGGUUAAAUGGCGAGUUUUUCUAUAACAUUUAUUCUAUUGGCAGCCUUGUGUAUAGCCAUUUACCAUUUACCAGUGCCCCUCCCCAAGAAUGAUAUGCGCAUUCAACAGACUACUGGUAUGCAGCGUCCAUUGGCGGCUCAGUGUCGUUGACUUCAUACAAGCGUUACUCCAAAGUGGCAUAGCCCUUCGGCAUCAGUAUGGAAUUGCAUAUGCUGAAGGCUUUUGGAAAGUGAACAUAACGCGAGGGGAGAUUCAAGUACAUGUUUGCUCUAGUACCGGAUUUUCAUCUCUUUCUGCUUGUUUUUUGAGAACGGAUGCUUUCAUGAGAUGGGCUUAUCUUCCGUGGAUCGACCCGAGGAGCGGAACAUGACAAUGGUCUGCAUACUAUUUUACAGUACUAGUAAAAACAGCAGGG